AAUAUUGUUUUUGUUGAUUCAAACGGCAUGCUCAUAUGCAGCUGACCCAAAAACUCUCUGGACGUGAUAUGGCUACAAACGCCUGUGUCAUCCACACCUGUACUUUGGACCUCACAACGACAACGAAUGUCGGCACCUGAACAUCGAAGAGGAACAAUGACGUCAGAUGUAACCCGGAUUUUGGUAACACCGGCUUCUUAUUCGACGGCAUACUCCUUGAUUCCCUAUAUAGCGCAGGGAUGUUUGACGGGCCCUGAACAGGAAGUCGAGAUCGUCCUUCACGACGUGGAGGAGAGGUCUGACGUCAUGAGGGGUGUUGCUAUGGAGAUUAUGGACUGCGCGUACCCCCUCGUCAGGGGUAUAUCAACAAACUGCAAUCUCCGCCUUGCCAUGAUCGGAGUUGACUUACUGGUCACCCUUCCCACUGACCUGUUUGGCGGUCAAACAAUCUUAAGAACUGACCAACUGCGGUGUCCAGCCAACAUGAAGGUUGUCGUGGUGGGUACAAAGAUGGAUUUCACUGACUUCAAGUCCACCUCACAUGUUCCAGUUGACAAUAUUUUAUUUAUUGAGACUUCAAAGAGAAUGGGACGCUCCAUGUCCCGAGCUCACACUAUCAGCAAACAGACAGGGUCGUGGUGGAUGCAACAACAACAACAACAACAACAGCAGCAGCACGUACUGAGAAAAGUCCCAUCACCCGUACAACAGAGUGCGGCAGAGCGUUGCAGUCAAGACACGUCUCUUCAGUCUUCUAACAACGCAUUAUAUCAAGGUCAAAGGGGUCAUGAACAUCAUUCGUAUGCAAGGCUAUAACUGUAGCUUGUGAAUAUUCAUGCGUGAAUAACCUCACUCCAGUGGAAUAUAUUUGGAAACUUUUAGAAUGACUCAUCUUUGGAUAAACAUAUUUUCUGCUUGCAUCAGCCUUAUCUAAAAUGUAUGUAAGUUAUUCGGGUACUGACACACUGGACAUUUACCUUUGCUAUAGUGUAUAGCAUUGAGGGUGUGGUGAAAUGGGGUUCAACGACGCGACCAAGAUAAUUGAACUUUUAUAACGACGUGAAUGUGUGUUUGGGUAUGCGUGUGUGUGGUUGUUUGAACUAGUCUGGUUUUAAAGUGCUAUAAACCCACAUAUAUAAACUACCGGGCAAAAGAAACUUAUCACUUGUAAAUUUAGUUUUAUCUGAAUUAAAGACGGUGCGAUAAGUUAGAACGUUAUCAGAAAACAUUCACCAAAACACAAAGUCGCGGCGUCAUGGUAUGGGGCGGUAUUUGCGGUCAGUGGACAGCAUCAUCCGUGGGAAUCUGACUGGCCAGAGAUAAAUUGAUGAAGUGCUGCGACCUGUUGUAGUGCCAUUCUUACGUGGACAGCCAAGGGAUACCCUUGUGCAGCAGGAUAAUGCACGACAUCAUACCGCCAGACUUGUUCAGCAAUAUCUGCACAACGUUGAGGUCAACAUAUUGUCUGGCCAGCAUGUUCACCAGUCCUGAAUCCCAUAGAGCAUCUCUGGGAUCAUCUUGAUCGACAGCUGAGACAACGCAGCAAACAGACAGCAGCUUGGACAGGUUUUAUUGGAUGAGUGACGCAGAAUUCCUGCUGACGUCAUCCGGCGACUGACGACACCCAUAAAGAGACGUGUUAUGGUGUACAUUUAUGCAGGUGGUGACAAUCACAUGAUUUGACUUAAUGAGCACCUUCUGAGUGAAAUUUGUUUGACUCGUGUUAAUGUAAUUUUUAUUUUGACCCCAUGUCUCUUUCGAUCGGUCUUAUGGCAAGUCCACUUUCGGUAUGGCAUUGCAAGUUUGUAAGGACCUCGAAAAAGUAUUUCUUUCAUUACGAUAAACGUCAUAUAGUGAACACCUGUCUUUGUUUCGUUUUAUCGAGCCACUGAACGAGGUGAUCAGUUUCUUUUGGCCGGAAGUUUACCAUUCCGCAGUUUAACAUGGAUAUCCUACUCUAAGACACGGUAACAACAAGUACCAUCCUUUAACGUCUUUUGGUAUGACGCAGCCUGGUAUCAAACCACGACCUUCCGCUCUCUUGGCAGACGUUUCGUCCACUGGACCACGGAGGACGUCUUUCACAGCAGUUAAUUGGGUGGGGUGGGGGGUUGUUUAACGCCGCACUCAGCACAGAUGUAUGUUUUUAGACUAAAGCGUGUACGCUGUGUUGUCAGGUUAUGCAUCUAUUAUUGGUUGAUUGAAUAGGUUGACUUGAAAACAAAUUUAAC